GAUCGCAAAGACACGAAAGCAGACGCAACAACACGAUAUCUUCAACAUAGGUAGGCAACAAGGCGUCCCGCCACACCAACAAUGGCUCGUGAGAACAAGGCACCUGCUGCUGGAUGGGCUCUGGGGAGGGGGUCUAGAACAAGUUCACAUGCGAGAAACGAUCCAAUGCAUAUGGAACGUAGACCUAACCAGAUGGAAAGGCGAGAGAAUGGCCAAAAACGCGCAGGCGAGCUUCAGAUGACGCAAAAGAGGAAUGCGCACGCGUCUCACCUUCAAUGGGCAUCGGAGGCGGAGGAGCAAAUCCUAACAGCAAGCAGCAACGCACACGAGGCUACCACCGAUAGGUCAGUGCACUCAACAUGGGUGGAAACCCACAAGAAGGACAACGCUCCAGGCAACAUCAUCUCUCAAAAUGUCAAUGGAUGCAGUCAAUUCGUGCUGAAACACAUCCUGGCAUAUUUGAUUGAGAAGUAUCAUCCAUCUAUUGUCAUAAUGGGGAUGUUACCGAAUGUUUAUGACCAAUGGUACAGGGUUAGGGAGAAAGGGUAAGAGUGAUCUACGCCUUGUGAUACUGGCGCAUGCUGACCUUCUCCCGCGCCCCCCCUCCUCGCCAAAUGGUACAGCAUUGGAGGGGGCAC